AUGUCGACUAAGGACUCCAACAGCGCCAGGGCCAUCGAUAAGAGGUACAAAUACCAUUCUGAAGGGAUCAUUAACCAAACUGGAGGACAGCUACAUAUUCCGUCAUACGGACUCACUCUUUUCAUCCCUUCCGGUGCACUGCAAGAGGGUUCUGGUGAAACAAUAAAGUUAGAUGUUCUCACAGACAUCCCACCUGAAAUCACACUGAGACAUGACGAGACGCUUGUUACUUACGGAUUCCAGUGUCUCCCGUCAGGAUUACAGUUUGAAUCAGAGAAACCUGUCAGAUUGAAGAUUCCCCAUUGUGCCAACCUCAUUGAUCCGGCAAAAGUCCAGGUCGUUCUGUACUCCAUGAAUCACGUCGACAUUCCUACUCCAAAUGCAUCAGCAGAAGCCGGUGAAGCUUCUAAUUCUAAAGCCAGACCUUCAGUGGAAUACAAGGAGCAAAUUUUUGACGGCCUUCUCAAGACAGUAGCUGAUCAGAUUUGUAGGGAUAUUGACAUCGACAAUCUAGGCGUAAAGUUAGGGUUUAAACCUCCGGAUAUAGAACGUUACAUGCAAAAGAACAGAGAAGACCACACGUUCAUGGGAACACUUCACAUGCUUCGGGAUUGGAGGAAAAAGACUAAAAGGUCUGAAGAACGUGAACAAUUGACGAAAGCCCUGAUCUCAAUUGAGCACCAUCGUCUGGCAGACCUCCUAAAGGACGAUAUGGCAAGCCCAUCUGCAGUAGCGAGAGGUCAUCUACAACCGAAAGGGAAAGGCAUCCCAAAUAAUCCUGAGCCUGACUCUACCGAUGAAGAUGACAUGAAAGGCGACAACCAAUCAAAGAGCCAUGGUUCCGAGGAUGACGGUCUGCUUGGACAGCCAAGGAAGAGCAAAAACAAGAAAAACCGAAAGACUGACUCUACCGAUGAAGAUGACACAGGUGGGAACAACCAAUCAAAGAGCCAUGGGUCUGAGAAAGACGGUCAUGGUGGACGUCCGGGGGAGACAAAAAAGAAAACAAAUCGAAAAACUGACUCUACCGAUGAGGAUGACACAGGUGGGAACAACCAAUCAAAGAGCCAAGGGUCUGAGAAAGACGGUCGUGGUGGACGUCCGGGGGAGAAAAAAAAGAAAACAAAUCGAAAGACUGACUCUACCGAUAAGGAUGACACAGGUGGGAACAACCAAUCAAAGAGCCAUCGGUCCGAGGAAGACGGCUCUGGUGGACGUCCGAGGGAGACGAAAAAGAGAACAAACCGUAAGAUUGACUCUACCAAUGAGGAUGAUCCAGGUGGGAACAACCAAUCAAAGAGCCAUGGGUCUGAGAAUGACGGUCGCGGUGGACGUCCGGGGGAGACAAAAAAGAAAACAAAUCGUAAGACUGACUCUACCAAUGAGGAUUACACAGGUGGGAACAACCAAUCAAAGAGCCAUGGGUCUGAGAAAGACGGUCGCGGUGGACGUCCGGGGGAGGAAAAAAAGAAAACAAAUCGAAAGACUGACUCUACCGAUAAGGAUGACACAGGUGGGAACAACCAAUCAAAGAGCCAUCGGUCCGAGGAAGACGGCUCUGGUGGACGUCCGAGGGAGACGAAAAAGAAAACAAACCGUAAGAUUGACUCUACCAAUGAGGAUUACACAGGUGGGAACAACCAAUCAAAGAGCCAUGGGCCCGAGGAAGACGGUCGUGGUGGACGUCCAUGGGAGACAAAAAAGAAAACAAACCGUAAGACUGACUCUACCGAUGAAGAUGACAAAGGUGGGAACUACCAGUCAAAGAGCCAUAGGUCUGAGAAAGACGGUCGUGGUGGACGGCCAGCGGAGACGAGAAAGAAAACAAACCAAAAGACUGACUCUACCGAUGAAAAUGACACAGGUGGGAACAACCAAUCAAAGAGCCAUUGGUCCAAGGAUGAUGGUCGCGGUGGACGUCCAGGGGAGACAAAAAAGAAAACAAACCAUAAAACUGACUCUACCGAUGAAGAUGACACAGGUGGCAACUACCAGUCAAAAAGCCAUAGGUCUGAGAAAGACGGUCGUGGUGGAGGGCCAGCGGAGACGAGAAAGAAAACAAACCGUAAGACUGACUCUACCGAUGAAGAUGACACAGGUAGGAACAACCAAUCAAAGAGCCAUGGGUCCAAGGAUGACGGUCGUGGUUGGCGUUCAGGGGAGACAAAAGAAAAAUCACACCGUAAAACUGAUUCUACCGAUGAAGAUGACACAGGUGGGAAUAACCAAUCAAAGAAUCAUGGGUUCGAGGAAGACGGUCGUGGUAGACGUCCAGGAGAGACAGAAACGAAAACAAACCGUAAGACUGAGUCUACCGAUGAAGAUAACACAGGAGGGGACAACCAAUCUAGGGGCCAUGGUUCCGAGGAUGACGGUCAGCUUAGACUGCCCAGGGAGACAAAAAAGAAAACAAAUCGAAAGACUGACUCUACCGAUGAAGAUGACGAAGGUAGGAACAAGCAAUCAGAGAGCCAUUGGUCUAGGGAAGACGGUCGUGGUGGACGUCCAGGGGAGACAAAAAAGAAAACAAACCAAAACUCUGACUCUACCGAUGAAGAUGACACAGAUGGGAACAACCAAUCAAAGAAUCAUGGGUUCGAGGAAGACGGUCGUGGUGGACGUCCAGAAGAGACAAAAAAGAAAACAAACCAAAACUCUGACUCUACCGAUGAAGAUGACACAGAUGGGAACAACCAAUCAAAGAACCAUGUGUCUGGGGAAGACGAUAGUGGUGGACCUCCAGAGGAGACAAAAAAGAAAACAAACCGUAAGACUGAGUCUACCAAUGAAGAUGACACAGGUGGGAACAACCAAUCAAAGAAUCAUGGGUUCGAGGAAGACGGUCGUGGUAGACGUCCAGGAGAGACAGAAACGAAAACAAACCGUAAGACUGAGUCUACCGAUGAAGAUAACACAGGAGGGGACAACCAAUCUAGGGGCCAUGGUUCUGAGGAUGACGGUCAGCUUGGACUGCCCAGGGAGACAAAAAAGAAAACAAAUCGAAAGACUGUCUCUACCGAUGAAGAUGACACAGGUGGGAACAACCAAUCAAACAGCCAUUGGUCCAAGGAUGAUGGUCGCGGUGGACGUCCAGGGGAGACAAAAAAGAAAACAAACCAUAAAACUGACUCUACCGAUGAAGAUGACACAGGUGGGAACUACCAGUCAAAGAGCCAUAGGUCUGAGAAAGACGGUCGUGGUGGAAUGCCAGCGGAGACGAGAAAGAAAACAAACCGUAAGACUGACUCUACCGAUGAAGAUGACACAGGUAGGAACAACCAAUCAAAGAGCCAUGGGUCCAAGGAUGACGGUCGUGGUUGGCGUUCAGGGGAGACAAAAGAAAAAUCACACCGUAAAACUGAUUCUACCGAUGAAGAUGGCACAGGUGGGAAUAACCAAUCAAAGAAUCAUGGGUUCGAGGAAGACGGUCGUGGUAGACGUCCAGGAGAGACAGAAACGAAAACAUACCGUAAGACUGAGUCUACCGAUGAAGAUAACACAGGAGGGGACAACCAAUCUAGGGGCCAUGGUUCUGAGGAUGACGGUCAGCUUGGACUGCCCAGGGAGACAAAAAAGAAAACAAAUCGAAAGACUGUCUCUACCGAUGAAGAUGACACAGGUGGGAACAACCAAUCAAAGAGCCAUUGGUCCAAGGAUGAUGGUCGCGGUGGACGUCCAGGGGAGACAAAGAAGAAAACAAACCGUAAAACUGACUCUACCGAUGAAGAUGAAAUAAUUAAAGGCCCAUCUGCAGUAACAAGAUGUCAUCUACAACCAAAAGUUGAAGACAUCCCAAAUAAUCCUGAGCCUGAGUCUACCGAUGAAGAUGACACAAGAGGGGACAACCAAUCAAAGAACCAUGGUUCCGAGGAGGAAGGUCUGCCUGGACCACCGAGGAAGAGCAAAAAGAAAACAAACCGUAAGACUGAGUCUACUGAUGAAGAUGACACAAGAGGGGACGACCAAUCGAAGAGCCAAGGUUCCGAGGAGGAAGGUCUGCUUGGACAGCCAAGGAAGAGCAAAAAGAAAACAAACCGUAAGACUGAAUCUACCGAUGAAGAUGACACAAGAGGGGACAACCAAUCAAAGAGCCAUGGUUCCGAGGAGGAAGGUCUGCUUGGACAGCCAAGGAAGAGCAAAAAGAAGACAAACCGACAGACUGACUCUACUGAUGAAGAUGACACAAGAGGGGACAACCAAUCAAAGAGCCAAGGUUCCGAGGAGGAAGGUCUGCUUGGACAGCCAAGGAAGAGCAAAAAGAAGACAAACCGACAGACUGACUCUCUUGAUGAAGAUGACACAAGAGGGAACAACCUAUCAAAGAGCCAUGGUUCUGACGAUGACGGUCUGCUUAGACCUCUCUCAAGGGGGACAACAAAGACAACCAACCGACAGACGCCAUGUCGUUGUUGUGCCUUAUGUUAG